UCUCGCUAGUCUACUUCCGGUUCAAGGGUCGACGUCAUCGUUUUUACAACAGCAUUGUAGCUGUGGUUAUUUAACUACUAGGCCAAUACGACCAAAAGUAAAUGUUCUAACAUGGAUAUACUUAAAGCUGAAACCGAAAGAAAGAGGAAACUGAUAGAAGAAAAACGUCUUGUUGAUGGCUCCAAAAAGUACUUCAAAAGGAGCGAACUUGCGCGCAAGGAGCAAGAAGAUUACUUCAUAAGAUCUGGAUAUAAGGUUCAAGGAGAGACACCUGAGAGCCAGAUUGAUAAGCAGGAGAAAGAUGAGCCAUCCACAUCAACUAAUCCAGGAUUAGAGCUGGAACUAACAGAAGAGAAGCUACCUAUGACACUGUCACGACAGGAGGUUAUUCGACGGCUUAGAGAACGAGGAGAACCGAUCCGACUGUUUGGAGAGUCCGACUAUGAUGCCUUCCAGAGACUCCGAAAGAUUGAGAUCCUGACCCCAGAAGUGAACAAGGGCUUGAGAAAUGACUUGAAAGCAGCCAUGGAUAAAAUUGAUCAACAGUACUUGAAUGAAAUAGUUGGAGGAACGGAGUCUGGAGAAGUGGAUACACAGCAUGAUCUGAAAGUGCAUGAAGAAAAUACCACAAUAGAGGAACUGGAGGCUCUUGGUAAAACCCUGGCCACAGGAGAUGACGAUAGAGAUCAAGAUGUUAUUCACAAAGUUUUGAGGUUUCUUCUUGGCGUUUGGGCCAAAGACUUAAACAGCAGAGAGGACCACGUGAAGCGAAGUGUUCAGGGCAAGUUGGCCAGUGCAACACACUCACAGACUGAGUCUUAUCUUAAACCACUCUUCAGGAAACUCAGAAAGAAGAGCUUACCAGCUGACAUUAAAGAAUCAGUCACAGACAUAAUUAAAUUCAUGUUAGAAAGAGAAUAUGUCAAGGCGAAUGAUGCCUACCUGCAAAUGGCCAUUGGUAAUGCUCCUUGGCCUAUUGGUGUGACCAUGGUGGGUAUCCAUGCUCGUACGGGACGAGAAAAGAUCUUCUCCAAACAUGUGGCUCAUGUUCUCAAUGAUGAAACGCAGAGGAAAUACAUUCAGGGACUGAAGAGACUAAUGACUAUUUGCCAAAAACACUUUACAACUGAUCCAUCAAAGUGUGUGGAGUACAACGCUCUUUAGCUUUGCCGUAACUGUGUGUAGGAAUGCUGUAAAUCAGUGGUAGCAGGGACAUAAGCACAACCAGCAGAGCAGUGGUCCUUGAGGACCAGGAUUGCCCACUCCUGCUUUAAAGAAACCUUCAUUCACUGCUUCCUCUAGUUAUUUACUUAAUCUUCUAUGUGUUUUCUAUACAUCUAUCUCCAUCGGUGAACCUGUACCAUCUCUGUGAGAAUUUUUUUUUGUUACACCGACUAUGAAGAUUCUUUGUGAAUUUUUUUCUUGAUAAACUUUGUCCUGUAAUUGAA